AUGAAAGGGCUGGCUCGUUCGUUUGUUUAUUGGCCCCGAAUCGACGCUGAUAUCGAGCAGACGGUGAAAUCGUGUACUGACUUUGCCCGUCAAGCACUCGCCGCCGAAGUAUUCCGAACACCACUGGGAGUAUCCCAAAGGCCCAUGAGAGAGAAUCCACGUCGACUACGCAGGUCCCGUAGCAGGUUCGAUGUUGCUGAUAGUAGUCGAUGCAUACAGCAAGUGGCUAGAGGUGAAGGUAACCAACUCUACAACAACAGCCGCAACGAUUGCUACAUGGACAAGAUGUUCGCUCGCUAUGGAGCGCCAGUAACUGUGGUGUCAGACAACGGACCACAGUUCACCGCAGCAGAGUUUAAGGAGUUUUUGAAGCGCCACAGUGGGGUCAAGUUUCAUAAGUUGUCCGCCCCCUACCACCCAGCAACCAACGGACAGGCGGAACGGUACGUGCAGACGACGAAAGAUGCUUUGAAGUCAAUGAAUACAAAUGCAUCAUCGUUGCAAUCGCACCUGAACAACUUCCUGCAUCAGUAUCGUCGAGCUCCGCACGCAACCACCGGUGAAGCACCAUGCAAGCUGUUCUUACGACGGAACUUCCGAACCUGUUUCGAUCUACUGAAGCCCGAAGAUGUCCAACAACGAGUGUCAACGAAACAGCAAGCUGACUUUGAGCCAAACUAUCGUACGUUCAGCGUUGGCUAA